ACAUUUCCAAUUUGUUUGUUUUUAUUUGUGUUCAUACGCCAAAUCGUAGAAAUAGUGUUUCUGUGAAUGUUCUGUGAUUAGAAGAAAUUACAUUUUAUAGAUACGUUAUAAUAUAAACUUUAAAAUUUAGUAAGUGCUAUUUAUCGCUUAAAUUCUAGAAAUGGGCACCCCAACUUCAAAUGCACGUGAAUACAUUGAUUAUGGACGACAACUUUCUUCAAACGAAUGUUAUGCAAAAGCCUUUGAUAUGUAUAUAACGGCUUUUGAAAAGAAUCCAGACUUAAAGAAUCUUUACGAACGCGAAUUUCGUAGUGUAAUCAACAAGUUAAAUGAAAUGUUAGCUGCAGGAGAUAAAAUUGACGACAUAUUUUGUAAUUUUUCGCGAGCCAUAUUUUUAUUUCCUGGUAACAUGUACCUGUUGAAUGAUGUCGGAAAAUAUCUCUUCAAGUUUGGUUUCUACUCCGAAGCGUGGUUUCACUUUCAAAGAGCUCUUAAAAUCGAUGCCGGCUUUGUAAAUGCAGAAAAGAACCUGAACUCCGUAAAAAACCUGAUGGUUGAACGAUGGCACUUUAAAAUGUUAAAUGAUAAAAUACGCAACGAAUCUUAUCGCGCUGCAAUACAUGAUCUUAUUUCCGAAGGCACUGAUACUGUUCUAGACUUAGGAUCUGGUACAGGCCUUCUUUCUCUGUAUGCUAGCGAAUGCAACCCCAAGUCUAUAACAGCUUGUGACAGUUCUGAAGUUAUGGCCAAUCUAUCCAAUGCAGUUUUAAAUGAUAAUGCAGUGAACAUUGAAUUUAGUGUUGUAAACAAAACUUCAACUUCUUUGAAUCAUUUUGAUAUUGGUGGAAUGCAUAAUGUUCUCGUCACAGAGUUGUUUGAUGCCGGUCUCUUUGGAGAACAUAUUUUAAAAGCUCUAGAUCACGCAUGGCAGAAUUUGCUUCACGAAGAUGCAAAAGUUCUACCUGCAUCUGUUCAAUUCUAUGUUAUGGGUGUUGAAUGUCAAUAUCUGAUUGACAAAUACCAGCUAUGUCAAGCUGCAAAGGAUCUGUUGAAUAUACCAUCAUUAACUGUCCAUACUUAUCAAUUUGAUGAAACAUAUGAUUGUGAAGACAUCACCUUAUUUAAAACUCUAAAAUAUAUAACUGAACCAAAAUGUUUAAUGUCUGUAGAUUUCAAUGAUGUUAACAGUAUAGAGGAUAAACUUAAGAAUACAGAGCCUUAUAUCACGCAGUUAGCUGUAAAUCAGAGUGGCGAGCUGAGCACUAUUAUUGGGUGGUUCAAUUUAAUUUUAUCAGACAAAUACAAACUCACAACUGACCCCAGAUCUGACAAUAGAGCUACUGCAUGGGAUCAUGCAAUAUUUUUUGAUCACAUACCAAAGAAGGUGAUUGAUGAUCAAAGAUUAGUGUAUAAAUUUACCUUACAAUCCGGUAGAAUAGCACUUGUACCGGACUGCAAUGUUAAAAUCACUAGAAUUUCAACAGAAAUCAUGCGCUUCUUAAAUGAUACUGAUUACAUGAAGAAAAUUAUGAGUUGCUUGGGACUGGCGUGCGUGUAUCUGGGUCAGUUAACAGAAAUGUCUGAUAUGAGCAUUGCUGAUUUAAGUCCAUUUCCCAUAUUUGGAUUACAAAUGUUAAAGAGAGGUGCCAAAUCCCUAGUUUGUUGUGUGAAGUCUGAGGUGGAUAAGCAAUUCUUUGAUGAAGUUUUUAAAGCUAAUGGCAUUGAUGAAAGCAAGAUAACAUUUUUAUAUGGGACCACAUGGAAUAGAGACAGUUUUAAUGAAGAUAAAUACCAUGCUAUCUUCUGCAAUAUUCUAGAAGUUGCUGGAGAUAUAGACUUACGAUAUAAGGAUAUUAGCCAUUACUUGAGACAGAACCACCUACAUCCUGGAGGUCUAUUCUUACCUUCACGAAUAACACUAAUGGCACAGAUUGUUAAAUGUGACUGGUUUGAUGUCACUAACAGACUUGAUGAUAGGAAUGUCAGUAACUACAAGAUAGCUGAACAUAUUAAUAAAUAUCAAGCGUCACAAUGCUUCUGCAUUGAUUUUUCCCUUCUAGACCACAUUCCAUUAUCUGACCCAGUCGAUUUAGGAGAAUGUAUGAAUAUGGCAUCAGAUGUGAUUAAUGUUGGUAUCUUAAGAACUGAAGAUGCUAAUGGUGUUUUCUGCUGGUUUAAUGUAGAAUUGAUGGAGAACAUGGGAGAAAUAAGUACUAAGAGGCCUGGAAGUUUUAUAGAUGGUACUGCGUUCUUGGCAGACCCUCAUAUAUUAAUGAAGAAAGGUGAUAUUGCUAACAUAUUGCAUUGUGUUGAUACGGAUGGAUCAUUCAAAUUAAUGCUGGAUGUUGAAGCAACAUAAACCAUGAUAAAUGGCCUAAGGUGAAUGAAAUACUAAACUGGAAUCAAUGGGGUAAAAGAGAUAUAAGAGAGAAAAUACUAGUCACUUCUAAAUGUUAAAGUUUACAUUGUAAGUUAUAUCUUUAAAUGAUUGUUGUGCCAUAAAAGUUUAGAAACGGUGUAGCCAGAUAUUGUCUAUGUAUGCUGUAUGGUAGAACUAUGGAUGUUUUCUUCUGAAUGUCUUGUUUGUCUAAGAUUUUCAAAGGUUGAUUACAUAUCGAUAAUCUUCAAUAUUUAUUAACACACAAUUUUAAAUUACAUUAUUCAUGAAUAAUAAUAUGAUAUGAACAUUAAUAUAAUAUUAUCACAUAUUAUAUAAUAUUAUAAUAAUUUAAAAUUGUUCUUUCUAAUUGUAGCACAUUUAUACCUAAAAAAUAUAUGCUCAUUGAUGUCUAAUAAAGUUUAUUAAAUUAAUAUAUGAUAAUAAUUGUAAUUAGUUGUAUUAGAAGAUAAAAUCUGAAGACUUCUAGUAUCAAAUUCUGUAUACCAUGUCUAGGAACUUUUUGGCGAUGUUUACAAUAAGUGUUAUAUGUAAUAAAGAAUUUUAUUCAAACAAA